AUGGCAUUCAACUUCGGAACAUCUACGUCCAAGCCCACGCUCAAUCUGGGUAUGAGCACGAGCGCGCCGGCGAAUCAAGGUUCCUCAUUAUUCGCCCAGAGUACAGCUCAACCAGGUGCAAAUGCAUCAACGAACGCCGCUCCCGGAACAUCCUCCCAACCACAGAUAGAUCUAGCACACUUACGCUCAACCACCAAGUACGACCAAUUGACGCCCGACUUACAGAAGGAAAUCGAGGCUGUCGACACGCUGAUCUUCAACCAAAUCAGACUCGCCUCAGAAGUAUCAGACCUUCUUCCUGCAGUCACUGCGGCGGGACAAACACUACCCAAUGGUGUGGAAUUCGUUACGCAGAAGCUCGACGAAGUAGAAGCAGGGCUGGGUAACGACGCAGAAGCCAUUCUAGCCGCAAGAGACGGCGAUGUGAAGAAAGGAGAACUCGAGGCAAAAUGCGUCUUCCGAGCGAUCGACAGAUUAAAGAUGCCGAGACAGUAUCAAACAGGACACACACAGAAUGAAAGUCUCACCGGCGGCAGCAUGUACGGUGGUGCCGGGCUAAGUGGAUGGUGGAACAACCCGCAGACCCUGAAGGGAAGCGUCCGUGGCGGAAGUGCCCAGGGCCAUACUAUACAAUUACCCGGCGAAGACACGGAAGAUAUUCAAGGGCCAAAGAGUCUGAUUGAAUUGUUCAAUACCCGCGCGGACGAAAUGCAAGAUACGAUUCGCGACAAUCGCCAAUUACUAGGCGAGAUCGAAGAUUUCGUGCAGAGCUUGGAAGGCAAGGUGAUUGGGCGAGAGCGUGAGCUGAAUGAACGACUUGCCUAUGGUGACCGCGACGGGAGUGCAAUGAGCGAAGGAGACCACCAAAUACAGCUGCUGCGAUAUGUUUUUGGCGAGGUGCAGAGGAGUUUGUAUGAUGUCGCCGACAAAGUAGGUGCUGCUAGGGACGAUGUUGCGCAAUUGACGUUGGGGCGGUGA